AUGCUUCCAGGCUAUAGAUGCACCGCAUGCAAGUACCGCACAGUCAAUCGGAAGAACAUGCUGGGGCAUCCAAGGACGUCGGUCCACUUGGACGUCGGGAGCGGCUGGGAGGAGGUGAUGCUACAGUCGUUCUCGCAGGGGCGCUAUACAAAGUACUGGAUCGUCGACGUCGCUAAGAUACCAGGGCGGCAGACCGAUGCAAUAAUAGAUAGAACCACAGGAAACCGGUACUCAGAUAUCGGGGGCCGCCGUAACGGGGACAGGGAUAGAGAUAAAGCCAAUAAAGAAGGAGGUGGAGCUGGUCGCGGGUGGGACGGAAUGCUGGCCCAGUACGGCCGCGCACUGAAGGUGGAUCGACAAGGCGGGCUGGGCGAAGGUCUUUCAGGAAUCAGAUCUCAAGCAGAUCUACCAGCUCGAGUUGGGACCGAAAUCAAAGCUGUGUGGAAGAGCAUACGAGACGGUCCGGAGCGCGAGGAACAGGAGACGCUUGCGCGGCUCGCCAAAACCUUCGGCCGAGAAAUGUAA